UGCGGGUAGGAAAGUUUUCCAGUUCGUUCGUGACGUCAUAGGCGUGGAAUUUUCUUGGUCAACAGAGGGCGCUCUCAGCGCGCCAGCAUUGUCACAUAUUUUUGUCAAGUUUGUAGAAAUCCGUCAAAAGGUUCCUUUGAUUUUGCAUCAUUAUUCGAUACGCCCAAUGUUAUUGAACCGCAUCCGCAUUCAACUUCUGAGUGUACAAAACCCGUCACACAUUUUGCUAUUGGUACAAUACAUGGGAAACAGUUAAAUCGUCAUCAAAGGAGUCCUUUUUUGUUGUCAUCCGUCACAUUAAGUUCAAUAACAGCGUCAUAAAUCGACAACAUGAGUACUACGUCACCAAGUCAUGAAGAUGAUGUCAAGCCGGAAGAUUCGGCCAGUCAGUGCAGCCAUACGACAAGCACCUCAUCCAGCAGAAGAGCCAGAAUGGAGGCCAUGGUGAGGAGUGCUGCACUUCAAGCAGAAGUUGAAGCUCUUAAAGAACAACAAGAGCUUGAGCUACAGGAAUUGAGGCUCCACCAAAGGAGAACUGAGCUUCAAAUGAAAACCAAGCUCAGCUGUGCAGAAGCGGAGGCAAAAGUUUAUGCCCAGUUCGAUGACGAGAAAACAAGCCCAGUUUCUCCAUCUCAGUCAACACCAUCUCCCCCUGAUGAAGACUCCCCAUCGCAGCCCGAUCCAUCACCGCAUGAUGAUGAUACAAGCGGUGACACAGUCCCAUACCCCAUUGAAGAUCAUCAAUCGUCAACGCCGCAAGAAACGCCACCCCCUACCGAAGCCAUCAAUGAGAUGUUGCGACAAUCAAAGCAACAGCAGCAGAGCCUCAUUGAGACAUUGCAGUUACCGAAAGCAGAGCUGAUGUGCUACGAAGGAGAUCCCCUCAAGUUUUGGGAAUUUUGGAGAGCUUUCGAGGUGAAUGUAGACAGCACGACAAUAAGCAACGCUGCCAAGCUGACAAGACUUCUUCAUUACUGCAAGGGGGAAGCACGCAGAGUGAUUCAAGCAUGCUCUGUGAUGGAGUCGACACAAGGUUAUGCUCGAGCCAAAACCUUGUUGAAGGAGAGAUUUGGAAACAAAUAUAAAGUUGCUGAUGCAUGGAUGAAGAAAGUCACCCGAGGCCAAACAGUGUCACCCCAUGAUGGAAAAGCCAUCAGAGAAAUGGCAGAUGAGCUGAAAGUCUGCUACGAAACCCUCCAGGCUAUGGGCUACGAAAAUGAGAUAGCACACCAGAGUUUUCUGAGAGACAUUGUUGAGUGCUUGCCCAACUACUUGCGCUAUCGAUGGGUCCGAAAGGUCAGAGACCUCGAAAGGAAGGAAGAUCGAAUGCCAAAGGUGAAGGAUCUUGUGGCCUACAUAGAUGAUGUAGCAGAAGAGGAGAAUAACCCUGUGUAUGGUACAUCUACUUGGGAGAGAAGCCGUGAUGUUCCUCAGAAAAGACGCACACAGCCGAGACAGAAGGGGUCCUUUGCAGUGGCAUCUGUACCAGAGAGAGUAGUCACCAGAGAGUGUUCUCUAUGCAAGGGAGAACACACCCUAUUUGGUUGCCAGCAGUUCAAGGCAAAAUCACCACAAGACAGGCUGAGUUAUGCCAAGCAAGAGAGAUUGUGCUUCAACUGUCUGCGCAGAGGUCACAUGACAUCAGCGUGCAGGCUGAACAGGACAUGUACUGUUUCUGGUUGUGGAAGGAAACAUACGAAAUUCCUUCACAUCCCGCAGACAAUGCAACAGCAUGAAGAAGCAGCGUUCCAAGCCAACACAUCACUAGAUGCCCCGGUACAGAAUGGCUACAUUGAUUCAGCCGCUGAAGCAAGUUGCAGUAACGUCACAGGGGCCGGCAGGACCGUGCUGCCCAUUGUCCCUGUUCGAGUGAAAGCUGCCGGCGGCAGUGUCUUCAUCUGCACCCAUGCAUUGUUGGACACUGGUUCGACAAAUACAUUCUGUACAGAACACUUGGCACGACAGCUUGGAGUUGAAGGGGCAAAACAAAGGCUCAACCUGACAACACUUGACAAGAUGGGCAGCUCCAUAGACACCACAAGAGUGAGCUUGAUUGUGGACUCGGGACCAGCCACAGACCAUAUAGAGUUGCCAAAUGUGUUCACCAAACACAAGAUCAACAUUCAGAGUACCCACAUGGCCAAGAUGGAAGAGAUAGCUGGACUACCCUACCUGCAGGGUAUUGACCUACCGUUUGCAGGCGAGAAUGAAGUUGGACUCCUGAUUGGUCAAGAUAUUCCGAGAGCACUGAUGCCUCUCGAAAUAAGAAGAGGAAAGGCAAAGGACGGACCCUAUGCUGUGCGAACGGCAUUGGGAUGGUCGCUACAUGGCCCAGUGAACAAAGUCGGCACAACAGAGCAGAACACUCAUGCUACCUCUACCUUCAUUCAAGGAGACAUCGGCCUGGAAGAACAGGUUCAUAAGUUUUGGAAGCUGGAGGCAUCCGAUACACUACAUGAUGAAAGAGGCAUGUCAGUGAACGACCAAAGAGCUCUGAAGAUGUGGAAAGGUGGAAUAAGCAUUGAUGGAGGACAUUAUCAGUUACCAGUGCCAUUCAAGCGUCAUCCUCCAUGCCUGCCAAAUAAUCGGUGGUUAGCAGAACAGAGGUUGCAGAGUCUUGCAAGAAAGCUUGGCAAAGAUGACAGUCUCCGUCGUAAGUACCAAGAAGGCAUCGAGGACUUACUCAAGAAGGGGUAUGCUGAGGAAGUAGAGAAACAAGAAUGUCAGUCUGAAGAUCAGGCUAUCUGGUAUCUUCCUCACCAUCCAGUUUUCCACCCCAUGAAACCCGACAAACUACGCAUCGUGUUCGAUUGUGCAGCUAAGAGCGGAGGUGUGUCUCUCAAUGAUGAAGUUCUGCAAGGGCCAGAUCUGACAAAUAAACUUACCGGAGUCUUGCUGAGAUUCAGACAGGGACCAGUCGCCUUCAUGGCAGAUGUGGAGGCCAUGUUUCAUCAAGUUCGAGUACCAGUGGAAGAACGAGAUGUGUUGAGGUUCCUAUGGUGGCCAUCCGGGGACAUGACUCAACAACCAAAGGUGUAUCGGAUGUGUGUGCACCUGUUCGGCGGGACCUGGAGCCCCAGUUGCUGCAAUUUUGCACUGCGCCAAACAGCCGAUGAUAACCAAGACCAGUUCAGUCCUGAAGCUGUAGAAAUUGUGAAGCGCAAUUUCUAUGUUGACGACUGCCUGGUUUCCGUCGAGUCUGAAGAGAAGGCUGUGAAUCUAUCGGAUGAGCUGAGAAAUCUGCUGCAAAGAGGCGGAUUCAAAUUGACCAAGUGGCUGAGUAACAAACCAAGUGUCCUGAAGUCCAUCCCUACUGAAGAACGAUCCAAGCAGUUGAAGGGUCUUGACCUAAACCUUGAUGCUCUACCUGUUGACAGAGCCUUGGGCGUCAGCUGGGAUGUUGAAAGAGACUGUUUGGGAUACAAGUUGUCACCUAAGGACAAGCCCCUGACGAGACGUGGGCUAUUGAGCAUUGUGUCAUCAAUCUAUGACCCCCUGGGAUAUGCCAACCCGUUCAUCCUGAGAGCGAGACUGCUACUCCAGGAGCUGACAAGAAUGAAGCUGGGAUGGGAUGAUCCAGUGCCAGAAGAGCACCGACAAAUAUGGCAAGGUUGGUCAGAAGAGCUAGCAGAGAUGAAGGAGUUUGAAGUUAACAGAUGUGUGAAGCCACAUGGCUUUGGCACAGUGACAGAAUACCAGUUGCAUCAUUUUGCAGAUGCCUCAGAGAAGGCUUAUGGAGCAGUGUCCUACCUUGUCAUGAAGAACACCAGCAGUGAGCUACACAGCAGUCUGGUGAUGGCCAAGUCUCAUCUAGCGCCAUUAAAAACAAUGACGAUACCUCGUCUUGAGCUUGCAGCAGCGACCCUUGCUGCUAAGCUUGAUGUUGCAGUGAAGAGAGAGUUAGAUGUACAGGAACUGAUCUACUCGACAUUCUGGACAGAUAGCACCAUUGUGCUGCAGUACAUUCGAAGUACAGACUGGAGGUUUCGCACAUUUGCAGCCAACAGGAUAGCUACCAUACAUAAUGCAUCAGAAGCAAGUCAGUGGCAUUAUGUAGACACAAAGUCAAACCCUGCUGAUGACAUAUCAAGAGGGAUGUCAGCCGGUGAGCUUAAGAAGAGCACAAGGUGGCUACAAGGACCAGAGUUCCUCCUAAUGCCACAAGAACACUGGCCAAAGGAACCACAAGUUAUGGAACCCCUAAGACAGAGUGAUCCGGAGCUUAAGAAAAGCAAGGAGCAAGUGCAGAUAUUUGAUCUUGACAAGGCAGAACAAGCAAUCAUCAGACACGUUCAACGACAAGCCUACACAGAUGAAUACCAGACACUGCACACAACCGCCAACCCUGUGAAGAAAUCCAGUCCUCUCUACAGACUGGACCCAAAAAUCAACAGUGAAGGAGUGAUGUACGUCGGAGGGAGAUUGAAGAAUUCCAAGCUGCAGACACAAGAAAAACAUCCCGUCAUCCUUCCAAAGAAGAAUCACAUUGUCAAGCUAUUGGUGAGACACUUUCAUGCUGUAUCGGGUCACUCAGGGAGAGAGCAUGUAAUGUCAUUAAUGAGACAGCGGUACUGGGUGAUCGGAGGAAGAACCACAGUACGACAGGUGUUGCAUGAUUGUUUUGUGUGCAAACGCCGAUCAGCUUCACCCAGCAUUCAGAAGAUGGCCAAUCUACCUGAAGACCGAGUAACCCCUGAGAAACCGCCAUUCAACUACGUAGGAGUAGACUGUUUUUUGCCAUUUUUGGUCAAGCAAGGCCGAAGUCAAGUGAAAAGAUACAGCUGUAUCUUUACCUGUUUGGCGAUUAGAGCAGUUCACAUCGAAGUUCUGCAUUCUAUGGAGACCGACUCCUUUCUCAAUGCCUUGCAGCGAUUCAUGGCCAGACGCGGUCAACCAGAACUUAUCAGAUGCGACAACGGCACCAAUUUUGUCGGAGCUGAGCGUGAGCUGAGGGAAGGGAUCAAACGAUGGAACAAGCAGCAGGUCCAUGAAUAUCUUCUUCAAAAGGGGAUCAGAUGGAAAUUCGACCCACCGGCAGCGUCCCACAUGGGAGGACCCUGGGAGAGACAGAUCAGAACAGUCAGGAAAAUUCUGAACACUGUAAUGAAGCAGCAAGUUCUGCAUGACGAAAGCCUAUCAACCAUGAUGUGCUUGGUUGAAUCAGUGAUCAACGGACGCCCACUUACAGUAGUAUCUGAUGACGCGAGAGAUCCAGAACCCUUGACGCCAAACCAUCUUCUCCUGUUGCGUCAGAACAGCGCAUUGCCAGUCGAUGUAUUCCAGAAGCAAGACCAGUUCAGCCGUAAAAGGUGGCGACAUGUGCAGUAUCUUGCGGAUGUCUUUUGGCGCAGAUGGAUACGAGAGUAUCUACCCACACUGCAGCAGAGAGGCAAGUGGAACGAGCCAGUACGGAACAUUGAGGUCGGAGACAUCGUUCUCAUUGUUGAGGAUCAACCGAGAAACCAGUGGUCCUUGGGGAGAGGAGUCGAGAUCUACGCUGGUGAAGACAAGCUGGUCCGAUCGGCAAAAAUAAAGACAAGGUCAACCACACUCGUCAGGCCCAUCCACAAGCUAUGUCUGAUGGAGUCUGCAGAAGCCAAGGAGAGAUGA